UCCGUGUUGUCGUUAAAUCGAAGAAGUUUCAGGCAAGACAUAAUCCGCUCAAACCGAGGAGGAGCUUCUGUUGUCUGCGCCCUCUCCAUCUUGCUACUUUUGCCUACUCGAAAAUAGUCCAAGACCCUAAAUGGAUCAGAUAGAGCACAAGUACAUCGACGUUAGAGGGCUAAAGCUUCAUGUCGCCGAGAUAGGAACUGGGCCAUCAGUGGUGUUCUUGCAUGGGUUCCCGGAGAUCUGGUAUUCAUGGCGGCACCAGAUGAUCGCCGUUGCCAAUGCCGGAUUCAGAGUACUAGCACCCGAUUUCAGAGGCUACGGCCUCUCCCAGCAGCCCGAUGAACCUGAGAAGGCUUCAUUCAAGGACCUCAUUGAAGAUCUCCUUGUCAUUCUCGACUCCUUCUCCAUUCCCAAGGCUAUCCUCAUUGGGAAAGAUUUUGGAGCCCUUCCUGCCAAUUUGUUUGCAGUUCUGUUCCCGGAGAGGGUCUCAGGAGUGGUAACACUGGGGGUGCCUCAUUUUCCCUUUCCACCAUCUUCACUAUUUGGCCAGCUUCCUGAAGGCUUCUACAUUUUGAGAUGGAAGGAACCUGGAAGAGCUGAAGCAGAUUUUGGUCGCCUCAGUGUUAAAACAGUGGUGCGAAACAUCUACAUUCUUUUCUCAGGAAGCGAACUACCAAUAGCUGCGGAGAAUCAGGAGAUCAUGGACUUAGUGGAUCCAUCUACCCCUCUGCCUCCCUGGUUCACUGAGGAAGAUCUUGCAGCUUAUGCAGAAUUAUAUGAAAAAUCUGGAUUCCGUACUGCAUUGCAAGUCCCAUAUAGGACCAUGCAAGAGGACUCGAGCUUGACUAAUCCAAUAAUUAAAGUACCAGCACUGCUGAUCAUGGGGGAAAAGGACUAUUUCCUCAAAGUCCCAGGAAUGGAGGACUAUCUGAGGAGUGGAAAGGUGAAAGAUUUUGUCCCUGAUUUGGAGAUCACAUUCUUGCCCGAAGGAACACAUUUCGUUCAGGAGCAAUUUCCAGACCAGGUGAACCAGCUCAUCACAACUUUCCUCAGCAAGCGUACUAACUAAAUCAUCUGGGUGAUGUUUGUCUAAGAUUAGCCAACAUUUCGUGGGCCGGCUAAAAUAUAUAUUUUUUGGGACAUACUAUUCCCAAAACUAUUGUAUGAAAAAUAAACGAUGAAAUGAUCGACUUCUGUGUAUCUUAAACAGCUCUGUAAUUAGUCUAUUGAAGUUUCAAUGUCUGUUGCAGCUUUA